AUGGGGACCACAGCACAAACCCUCUGGAUCGGUCUCCUGGGAUACCUCAUCCACACAGCUGCAGGAGCUGUGAUUCCACCGGAAGGAAGCAGCAGUGAGCUCCAAGUAGAGCUUCCCCCGGUCAGCGAACUCAUUUCGGGUGGCUUUGAUUGCUUGCCACACUCGCAGCCCUGGCAGGCGGCACUAUUCGUUGACGGCAGGCGGCGCUGCUCUGGAGUCUUCGUGCAUCCGCAGUGGGUACUGACAGCCGCGCACUGCUGGAAGGAAUCCUACACCAUUGGCCUGGGCCUGCACAGACGUGACCCACCAUAUGAACCAGGUAGUCUGAUGAUUGAGGCCAGUUUGUCUGUGAAACACCCAAAAUACUACAAGACUUGGAAUGGCAGUGACAUCAUGCUCAUCAAAUUGAGUAAACCGGUUGUGGAAACAAGCACCAUCCGCACCAUCCCCAUCUCCUCUGAAUGUCCCAAACCUGGAACGAGGUGCUGGAUCUCCGGCUGGGGUCAGCUGUUGAAUGGCCAAUACCCUGAUGUUCUGCAGUGUGCGCUUAUUCCAGUGCUAUCAAGAGAGUCCUGCAAAAAAGAGUAUCUGGCAUACUUUGACCGCACUAUGUUCUGCGCUGGGGGUGAGGGCACCAAGGAUUCUUGCCGGGGAGACUCUGGAAGCCCCUUGGUCUGCCGUGGGUUUCUGCAGGGCAUUGUGUCCUGGGGAGUCGCUCCCUGUGGGCGACCUGGAUUUACAGGCAUCUACACGAACCUCUGCAAAUUCAAAUGGUGGAUAGAAAAAACUAUCCAGAGCAGGUAG